AUGCCAAUGGAAAGUGAGGGUUUAAACGGCUUUUGCGACCGAUUUACCGUCAAAGCCCAAGUUAAACGGAAAGAUGUCAUGAACUGGGACGAACAUUUCAUGUCUCUAGCAAUUGUAACUUCUAUGAGGAGUAAAGAUCCAUGCAAGCAGGUUGGUGCCUGUAUCGUUAACAGUAAGAAUCGUGUAGUCGCACUGGGCUACAAUGGUUUUCCAAAUGGGAUAUCGGAUGAUGAUUUGCCAUGGACUAAAUUUCAAGAAGAUCCUCUUCAAAAUAAAAACAAUUAUGUUAUUCACGCUGAGCAGAAUGCAAUUUUGAACAAAAAUCUAAUGACGCUGGAUGAAUGUAAAAUUUAUACAACACUGUUUCCUUGCAAUGAAUGUGCAAGAUAUAUAAUUCAAUCUGGUAUAAAGGAAGUCAUUUAUCUUAAUGCAAAAUCUCUCGAAAAGACGUCAUAUGCAGCUUCAAAAAUUAUGUUAAGCAAAUCAAAUGUGAAGUUAACGCCCUUUCAAAAAACUGGGAGGAAAUUCACAAUUGAUUUAAGUUAA